UGCGGGUCAGAAUCGCUAUUCUGUGACUUCUGGAUAACACAAAGAGAUGUGGACAGGACUGGACGGAUGAAGAGGUGCCAAGUUUCGAAUAGGAAGAAGCAACAGUUUUGAAUAUACUCAUACAAAAUGUCAGUAUUCAAUUGGAGUUCGUAAAAAUACAGAACACAAGCAGCUGAAGAGAAAUUAAAGGGUGCAAAAUGAGUCAGUAUUGUUCAUGCUAAAUUCUGUUAAACAAUUACCUCUUCUCAUCUUGAUUACACAUAGUACUACAGAUUUAGGAAAUCUUGAAUUCAUGGCAAGUCUCUUGCAUACGGUGUCUCCAAAACCAUCAUCUGAACAUGCUAGAAAACCCCAUGGAUUCCUUGCCCAUAUACCAAAAUUCCAAUCUUUACCCUUCAAUAAUGAUUUUCCUAAAGUUUUAUCCUCAACCCACCUGGCUAGUACUCCAUUGGACAGUGUUUUCACCCUGCCCAACUGGAGGUCUGGUAGGAAUGACCCAAGAACCAGGGAUAUUAAGCUCAAUGAUGCAUUUCUGUAUUUGGAGUACAUGGUAGGUAAGGGCCAUAAGCCUGAUGUAGCCAAUGCCACUCAGUUAUUGUAUGAUCUUUGCAAGUCGAAUAAGCUUAGAAAAGCUACUAGAGUUAUGGAGAUGAUGGUCAGGUCGGGUACCAUUCCGGAUGCAGCUUCCUACACUUUCUUGGUGAAUCAUUUGUGUAAGAGAGGAAAUGUAGGCCAUGCGAUGCAAUUAGUCGAAAAAAUGGAGGAAUGUGGGUACCCAACUAAUACCAUGACUUAUAAUUCGCUUGUUAGAGGGCUAUGUAUGCGUGGGAACUUGACACAGAGCCUGCAAUAUGUAGAGAGAUUGAUGCAAAGGGGGCUGGUCCCAAAUGCAUUUACUUAUUCGAUCUUGCUUGAGGCUGCUUAUAAGGAAAGAGGGGUUGAUGAAGCAAGGAGGUUGCUGGAUGACAUAAUGGCUAAGGGUGGAAAUCCUAAUUUGGUUAGUUACAAUGUUAUACUGACUGGAUUGUGCAAGGAAGGUAGAAUUAAUGAGGCAAUACAACUUUUCAGAGAUUUGCCAUUGAAGGGAUUUAAUCCUAAUGUUGUCAGCUACAAUAUAUUGUUGAGGAGCUUGUGCAAUGAAGGGCGUUGGGAGGAGGUGAAUGACCUUCUUGCGGAGAUGGUUGGUGAUGAACGCGAGCCAUCUAUAGUCACAUAUAAUAUAUUGAUUGAUUCUCUUGCGUGUCAUGGGCGAACAGAUCAAGCACUCGAGGUACUGGAUGGGCUAUACAAAGAUGGACAAUUCAAACUCACUGCUGCUAGCUACAAUCCUAUUCUUACGAGUCUUUGCAAGCAGAGAAAGGUAGACGAUGUGGUUAAGUGUCUUGACCAAAUGAUUUAUCGACACUGUAGUCCUAAUGAGGGAACAUAUAAUGCUAUUGCUGUGCUGUGCGAGGUGGGAAUGGUGGAAAAGGCCUUUUCAAUUAUCCAAAGUUUGAGAAAUAAACAGGAGUCCUCUAUUCAUGACUUCUACAGAAAUGUCAUCUCAAGUUUAUGUAGGAAAGGCAACACUUAUCCAGCAUUUCAGCUUUUGUAUAAAAUUACAGAAUCUGGAUUUACUCCUGACUCAUACACGUAUUCGUCUUUGAUUAGAGGUUUGUGCAUGGAAAGAAUGUUAGGUGCUGCAUUGGACGUAUUUAGGGUGAUGGAAGAAAGUGGCUACCACCCUGAUGUUGACAAUUUCAAUGCACUUGUGCUUGGUUUAUGCAAAUGCCAUAGAACAGACUUGUCUCUGGAAGUAUUCGAGAUGAUGAUCGAGAAGGGAUAUAUGCCUAAUGAGACGACAUAUACGAUUUUAGUAGAAGGGAUCAUUCAUGAAGAAGAAAAGGAACUGGCAACAGUAGUUUUAAAGGAGUUGCAUCUAAAGCAAGUCAUGAGUCAAAAUACAGUAGAAAGGCUCUCUAUGCAAUACGACCUAUGAAGUCAAAUUGGGAUGUGUAUAAUUCACUUCCUGGUAUUGGUAAGUAUGCGGCCGACUAGAUGGAGAGAUUUGUACAUUGAUAUUGGUCUGGUUAGGGCCAAAUGAUUGUGAAGGUUGACAUCUUCAUUUAUAAGGUAGCAACAAAUGAAUUUGAAUUUAUGCCAAUGCGAAUUUCAUUGUUCUAACUUGUGAUUAUUUCUACUGGCAUAUCUGGGGCAGUUCUGUUAUUGUUCAAAUGAUUUUCAUUGUCAAGUUCGACAAUAAUCAUUUGAAGAUUACCGGUUUUUUCUUGUAAUACAAAUAUGGCAAAAUUCAAUUUCAAAUUGUUCCUAGUUA